CUGACUGGCACAGGGGAAAGGUCUCUGGCUGGAGAUCCUCCCUUGUGAUGUUUUCCCUGUCAGCUUACAUCUCCAGAGUUGGGGCACAAUGCCUAUGUUAUAUAGGCAAGCUAAAGCUGGAGUGGAAAAAGAAAGUUCCUACUGCAAAAGCAGCAAAGCUGGAAUGUGCUAUGAAGACCCAAGAUUGUUUUUCAGCUCUGUAGGUGUGAAUGGACUUUCUAAUGGGAAAGAAUGGAUGUAGAAGGAGGAAAUCAUUAAAAUGGUGGUCAAAUCUUCUGGAAGUGGCUGUGAAGGCUAUGCUAUGAUUCCAGCCAUGACUGAGAAUCCAGAAUGUGGAUACACAGGAGUUCCUGAAAUUCAAGACUUCUGGAAGACUCCUGAACUGAGACCUUAAAGUCACUGCCAGGAGCAGAAUUUGGAUGAAGCGAUCUGCCUAAGUUGCCGUCAUGAGCAGAAGCAAGCGUGACAACAAUUUCUACAGUGUUGAAAUUGGAGAUUCUACAUUCACUGUAUUGAAACGGUAUCAAAACUUAAAACCGAUAGGAUCAGGAGCACAAGGAAUAGUAUGUGCAGCCUAUGAUGCCAUCCUUGAGCGAAACGUUGCAAUCAAGAAACUAAGCCGACCAUUUCAGAAUCAAACCCAUGCUAAAAGAGCUUACAGGGAGCUUGUUCUUAUGAAGUGUGUUAAUCACAAAAAUAUAAUCGGCUUACUGAAUGUGUUCACACCACAGAAAUCCCUAGAAGAAUUUCAAGAUGUCUACAUAGUAAUGGAGCUCAUGGAUGCAAAUCUCUGCCAAGUAAUUCAGAUGGAGCUAGACCAUGAACGAAUGUCCUAUCUGCUUUAUCAGAUGCUGUGUGGUAUUAAACAUCUUCACUCAGCUGGAAUUAUACAUAGGGACUUAAAGCCCAGUAAUAUAGUAGUAAAGUCAGACUGCACUUUGAAGAUUCUUGACUUUGGACUGGCCAGAACUGCAGGAACUAGUUUUAUGAUGACGCCUUAUGUAGUGACUCGUUACUACAGAGCACCAGAGGUCAUCCUAGGGAUGGGAUACAAAGAAAACGUUGACAUUUGGUCAGUUGGGUGCAUCAUGGGAGAAAUGAUCAAAGGUGGUGUUUUAUUUCCUGGUACAGAUCAUAUUGAUCAAUGGAAUAAAGUUAUAGAGCAGCUAGGAACACCGUGCCCCGAAUUUAUGAAGAAAUUACAGCCCACAGUUCGAACUUACGUGGAGAACAGACCCAAGUAUGCUGGAUAUAGCUUUGAGAAGCUUUUUCCAGAUGUCCUUUUCCCAGCUGAUUCUGAACACAACAAACUUAAAGCAAGUCAAGCAAGGGAUUUGUUAUCAAAAAUGCUGGUUAUAGACGCCUCGAAAAGAAUUUCUGUGGAUGAAGCCCUCCAGCACCCAUACAUCAAUGUUUGGUAUGAUCCGUCAGAAGCCGAAGCUCCUCCACCAAAGAUACCAGAUAAGCAGUUAGAUGAGAGGGAGCACACAAUAGAAGAAUGGAAAGAAUUGAUAUACAAGGAAGUCAUGGACCUGGAGGAAAGAACCAAGAAUGGGGUUAUACGUGGGCAGCCAGCCCCUUUAGGUGCAGCAAUGAUCAAUGGCUCUCAGCAUCCAUCUUCGUCGUCAUCUGUCAAUGAUGUGUCUUCAAUGUCAACAGAUCCAACAUUGGCCUCUGAUACAGACAGCAGUCUAGAAACCUCAGCUGGACCUCUGGGUUGCUGUAGAUGACUACUUGGUCUUUUGGGGGGUGGGAGGGGGUUCCUUUUAGUCAUUAAUAGGGCACCUUUAAAAUUUGGUGGUAUUUUUGAGUGUUUUUUCAAAAAUAAUCAUAGAAUUCAUCAUAAAGUGCUGUAAUUUUAAACUGUAAGUUGUGUUAAAAGCAGCCACUUUUUUUGCUGUAAUUAACUGUAAAAUAUUAAACCUGAUAAUUUUUAUUGUGGUUUUAAAAUCUGCAUAUUUGCUUUACUAUUAUGCUGCUGAUCUUUUUUUUACUGAAUUUGUAAGAUUUGUUUUAUCAAAGCACAUAUUAAUGUUGUGGUCAUUACCAUAUCAUGUAUUAUUUAAGAUUUUAUAGGUUUUCAAUUUUUUUAAAUUUAGAAUUUAUUCCAGAUGUUUUGUUCAUGAUAUCCUUCGAAGUUUUAUGCUUGGUCAUAUGUCCAUAUUGAGGGGGAGAGAGAGAUGGGUGCAUCCAGCUGUAGGCUUUUUGGAGCGUGCUGCUAUGGUGCUGACAGCGAAUAAUAUGCUCUUUCAUUUUGGCCACUUGCCUUUAAUACUUGAGUAAAAGCAACAAUUACUGAAUUUUGUUAGAGAAACAGUAUACAGUCCUUUGUAAAGUAAUUUCAUUUGAAUGGUUUUAUGAUCUUAAGAAAGCAAAGCCUACCUUAAAAGCUGCAGAAGCAUCUAGCCUAACAAAGAGAGGUGAUGUCUUCUGCACAACUGUGGCAUGCCAAAUCUCAUGAUCACCAUAAAACAAGAGGAUACUUCAUGAAUAAUACAUUACAAUGCAAAUAAACUGUUUACUUCUAGCUUGUAGCCUGUUUUUGUACACAAAACAAAGGUGUAUCCAGGACGUCUAGAUGCCAACAGGAAGAACAAAUAUGCUGUAGUUAUACUUCCAUCUAGUAUAUGGUUCUUGGGAGUUCAGUUUCUUGCUACUUUUGUCUGCAAAGGUGAGUGCUUUCUGGGGAGAAGAGAAAAGGAUGUGAAUGCAGCAGGGGCAAAAUUUCAGCUGUUCUUUCUCCACCAAAAAUAACCAAUCGCUAAAAACCGUGAAGUGGUACAAGAACCUCAGGAAGCUUCCUGUAGCUAAGCAUUAAGUGAGCAAUAUGUGCCAUCCAAAGGAGGGAGAAAUAGUGCUGUGUAAAUUAAUACAUAUCUCUUUCAUUUGACUGGGAGACCACUGUAGCAGAAGUCUUAGUAAUGGUUCAUUUUAAGUCGUUAAUAUGCAGUAGUUUUCAGCACUGAAACUGCAGGUUUCAAUACAAUUUUUAAACAACAGAUAUAUUGAAAUAUGUAGAACAGUUACUAAAUAGUCAUGUAAAAUGGUACUGCUCCUCACGGAAGUAUUUUAACUGUUUACAUUUUAUAUUUACAGAAUGAUUUAUGUAUAACUGACUUAAGUUUAUGUAUGAGUUAAACAAUCAUUCAGAAUUUGUUCCUUUGGAAAAUGCAGAUUUUUAGUGAAGCUAGGCUGUGUAAUUGAUUGCCAUGUGUAGAUGCAUAUUUUGUGUAGUGAAUUAGAAUGUAAAGAGGAAUUUAAAUUAGUAAUGCUCACCAAAAUGAGCAUAAAAAAUUACAGAAGUCUUGCCAGGCACAGAGCAGAAGCAAAUAAUGUGACUGGCUACAAAGGUCAUCCGGGAGCGACUGAUGCUCUUCAGUGUGGUUCCUUCGCUUUGUUGGGUUAAAAGUCUCUUUUGUGGUUAGAAUGGGAAGAGGGAAAUUCAUCCUUGCAGCAAGGUUUCAGAAAAAUGUAAGCGACAGUAAUGCCUUCAACAUCUAAUGUGUCUCUUGAAAAAAAGUGCAGGAUACAAGGAGUGGUAAUGUCUCAAAGAUGACUAAAUUGAUAAACUGCACAGUUGUUUCCCUGGCCUGGCUAGACUACUGGUAAGUGCUAUUUGUGUGUGUAAUUUUGGUUUCCUCAUUUGUAUGGAAUAUUUCAAUAUUGCCUUUCUAAACCACCAUUUGUUAAGGCAAUUAUUUUUACGGGAUCCUGCCAAAUUGUAUAUUACCUCAGAAUAGGCAGAUCUUAUUGGACUUUUCUCACACUGGAACAUAGAAAAUCUGCUCGAUUUGAACAGAGACCAAUAGAACAGUCUAUUUUGUAAUUAUUAUUAUUUUUUUUUUUAAUGAAAGCUUAAACUGUGAAUUAAGCCAAAAUUUUUGGUCAUAGAACAGUACUAUUUUGCUAUGCAAGGGUUAACCUGGAGUAUGAAGUUAACAUACUGACAAAAUCAAAUUCAGAUGCCUGUAGAUUCUCUAAAGAAUGGGAUUUGGUAAAUAUAAUCUCUAUUUCAAUUGAUUUUGGACCCGUUUGUAUUGCAGUGAUGACUGAAGUAUUUGGAAACUUUAAUUUUUGUUAUCAUUUUCCAGUGUCCUAAAGAAAAAUUGCUUUAAAAUGCA